UUUGGCGGGCAGCUAACCGGCCAGGACGACGUGCUAACAAUAUCGAGUUCCUGACCAAAACUUGUAGGAAAAGGAGUGGCAGUUUACCAGUUUGGGCUUCUCUGGGGGACACCAGGUGCUGAAUCACCAUGUUAGACGGGGGCCAGUUUGUGGAGGCCUUGGGCCGUCUCGGUUAUCCUGAUGCAUCAUCACUGGAGGCCUCAAAGUUUGACUGGCUGUUCGACUGUGCUCCGGAGAACCUUCACUUCUUGCGCUUUGUCUGUCGGACACUCAACCGGAGCAAUGUUUUGACCAUGGAGGAGGCACGUGCUUUUCGGGAGCUACGUAAAUCUGGCAAACCAAUUCUGGAUGAAGCAGCCUUGGGUGAGGUCCUUAAAACCAUUGGACCUUCAGAUGGGAGCAGUGCAAACAUCUUGGGGCCCUCCUCUUCUUCUUCAUCAUCAUCUUCCAUCUUUGCAGCAGAGGGGGAUGUGGCCAUAGAGGAUUUGGAGGCAGAGCUUCAGGCGCUACGUAAAGAGAAAGAGCUGAAGCAGCGCCGUUAUAACAGGUUGCAGGUUGUGGCCACAUCCCGUGCAGAUGUUGACCUACGUCUCACUGCAGAGCUGGAGAGCGCUGCAUGUAAGCUAACAGAGGCCAAUUCUUCAAUUGGAGCUGAGAAUGCUGACACCAACACUCUGUUACAAAACCUAACAGAUGAGGUGAGCAAGCUUGCUUCAUAUCUCCCAGCUCAACCAGAAGCUAAUAACAAAGGAAAUGGAGAACCUGUGGUCCUAUCAAACCCCUCUGUCCGCAAAAAGCCCACUGUCCUCCUCUCUCAGUUGUCCUUGGAUCCAUACCUACAUCAGGAGGAGCUUAACACCAAAACACUAGCUGCCUUCACCCAGAAACAUUUCUUCCAGGGCAUCUCUGACAUCGUUGAGACUUCUUGCUCUGAGCGCUUCCAGGUCCUGGACCUCAGCUCUUGUGAAGUUGAAGAGGAAGAAGAGAAUGAGCAAGACAGGAAGGGUGAAGAAAGGGAGAAGCGGGUUGUGGAGUGCAAGAGGACAGAGAUGGCCAGACUUCAGUGGGCUCAUAUUGUGGCCCAACACCAGCUGAUGCAGGCCAUGUCAGAGGAAAAGAGUGUCAAGGCUGGACUGGACUGGCUCUCUGAAAAAUCCUCUCAUACUAAGAGCAUUUCCACGUCCUCCUCUCUUAAUGUGCGUGAGGUCGUGUCCAGGAAGGAGUUGCAAGCAGUGGAGGCUGAGCUGGAUGCUCUGCUCCAUGGACCAGUACCUGCUGCCCUUAGGGAGUCAGCCAGGCUACUUAAUGUGCCAGUGGUGAGGGGAGACUUGGCUCUGCAACUGGCCAGGCAGGACUACUACACAUCUAGACAGAAUCAGGUACGUGAUUACCUACUCCGCCAGAAGGCAUCGUUUGACCUGCUCCUGCUGGCCCAGGAGAUUGAGUUAAGGAGAUGGAGGACGUGUCUGAAGCAGCUAGGAGAAGUAAACAGCAGAAUGUUAAAGGAAGGUGAAGGAACAUCACUCAGGAUCGAGGCCCUGGCACAUCCUGACCUGGCAGUCAAUCCAAGGCCCAACCCUAUCAUCAGCUGCAAGGAUGCAGCCUUCAGCAGACUGCUCCAGAUCCUCGACCGUGAUUCAGACCAUGGUAGAGCGGAGCCUUUUCGCACAUACGAAGCGUUGGACCAGGCUGCUCGUGACCUCGCAGGCAACCUCCAGGUGACCCGGGACGCGCUAGCCGGGGCCGGCCGUGAGCAGUACUACCUAAAAGCUCGUCUUUAUGGCGACUGUGAGGCACUUCACAGGGCCAUGUACACAGAGUUCCAGCAGCUGGUCUUAGGUCCACAGGUACGUCCAACAGCCAUCACUGACCAGGAGCCGCUCUGCCCAAAUGCACAGGAGCUGACGACAAAGCUUGCGGAAGCAGAGUCUCAGCUGCAGAGUUUGCAGCAUGUGCUACAUGAAAUCAUGGGAGAGGUUAAAGCCAAACGCUCUCAGCUGGAGCGCAACGCUCUCCUCAGGCGGGAGAGGGAAUUGUACAUCUACUUCCACUUGGAUGCUCGGCUACUGCAGAAAGUAGUUGAAGAUCUGGAGAGCAAAAUGGCCACAAAGGGAGGGCAGCAGUAGUCAAACCUGUCAGAAUGACGGAGGAGCGCUCAUAGCCAGCCCACCUGCAACGUUCAGUCUGUGUGUUAAGGGAGUCAUCCUGUGUUAUUAAAGCAUGAAGAGAUGCAAGGCUGAUAAUAAGUAAACUCUGUUACCUGGGCACGGCUUAAUAAGUAAACCUUUUCUGCUGAGAACACAACCCUACCCAAACUCUCGACCUCUGGAGUAUACUUUGUGUGGGAGAGGAAGAGACUUAAUUCAGCACACAUCCUGGGGAAACAUCUGGUUGUAAAAGAGUGCCGCUGAUUCAUAUGAUGACUGGGAUUUAUUUGAGUGUGUUUAUUUCAAACAUUUUGUUCUAAUAUUAGAAUAAUUUUGUAAUUUAUUGUCUUGUGAUCUCAAAUUUGUUUCCGUUUUGUCUAAAGUCAUCUAAAAAAUAAAGCACAUAUGUUAUCUUUUA